ACUAUUUGUUCAAUUAAUUACUUUUUUAAUGAAAAGUUGAAAUAUUCUGUCAGUGAUUCAUUAAGAAAAAUGUUGCCACUUUAAACAUAGCAACUUGUGAGAUAAAUAAAUUAUUUAUAUAAAUCAUGUAUUCUGUCCAAUCAAUGUACGGCAGCAUGGGAAGUCAGUUCAAUUUUGAUUUCUGUCCUCCCACGAUGGGCUCACCAAAUAACCACCAGAUUGGAAAAUACUCACUCACCCCUAAUAAUCAUAACUUUUGCAACAAACGGACUUACAAAGGGGAUAAACCCUACCGAUGUGAUAUUUGUCGGAAAGGCUUCUGUCGACGCAGCAACCUCAGUAACCAUGAACGGUCUUCAGCAUAUGAAAAACACUUCUAUUGUAUGUAUUGUAGGAAGGCCUUCUCUCAGCGUGCUCAUCUGAAAACCCACGAAAUCACCCAUACGGGGCUUAAACCUUAUUCGUGUGAAUUCUGCUCAAAAACAUUUGCCCAACGUGCCAACUUUGAUAACCACCGACGCACACAUACAGGUGAACGGCCCUACCACUGCAGCUGGUGCUCAAAAGCUUUUGCUCAGUUGACAAACCUAAACAAUCAUGUACGGAUUCAUACUGGAGAACGGCCUUUUGUGUGUUCAAUGUGUUCCAAGGCAUUUAGCCAAGUUACAAACUUACGUAAUCACGAACGUAUCCACACAGGUGAAAAACCCUUCGUGUGCAUAUUUUGUGCAAAAGCAUUCAGUCAAGUAACACACCUUCGAAAUCAUGAACGUGUUCACACUGGUGAAAAACCCUACACAUGUUCCACUUGUUCUAAAGCUUUCAGUCAACGUGCUAAUCUGGAUAAUCACAAACGUAUUCAUACCGGUGAAAAACCAUUUGUCUGUUCAGUGUGUAAGAAAUCCUUCUCACAAGUUACAAAUUUACGGAACCAUGAACGCAUCCAUGCAGCAUCAGGCAAUGCCCCUUUGAACAAAAACAGCACCACCGCUAACAAAACCAACAAUUACUACCCUGAUGCAGAUGGCAACAAUAAUAGUUACCGGAAACAUUAUAACAACCAACAAUCUCAGCACCAUCCCAUAAAACACCAUCCACAAAUCCAGAAUCCAAAUUCAUCGCCAGAUGUCCAGGCUAGCACGUCCCCUACUGAUCUCAAUGUUCGAAAUAUGCCCCAACAACAGCAACUCCCACCACCACCACCACUACCAUCACUACCCCCUUCUUCUGCUACUGCCAUUCGUCCCCAGCCAAUAACCAUCCCAAAUUGGAUGACUCCGCCCUCCUAUGUACAACAAAUCACUCCAUCUUGGGAAAAUAGUUACAACUGGUCAUCUCGAAAUUUCCCAAUUGCUUCAUCCCGGUGGAAUUCCAGUAGCUCACAAAACAUUCCUAGUCUGCUGCCCUGUGGCAUUGGCCAAACCAACCAUAGUAUUGAUUUAGAUCCAAAACUGUAUCAAAGAACCUAAGAAGUAUAACCACUUUUGUGAUUUGUAAUGCUGGAAUAUUUAUGUAUUUAGAUAGAAUUUUAUUAAAAUAUGUAUAUUUUUACAUGUUCUAUUGAAACAGAGGCUUUUAUACCAAAUCUAAUACAGAUUCAUCUAUAUAUACACAUAGAUAUAUGCAUGGUUUCAGAACUUCAAAAUAAUCCUGUGUCAUAAAUCUGAGUUAUAUGUGUGAUUGUAUGUGUUUUAUAUGGAUACAUAAUUAUUUCAGUUAAUAUAUGUUUGGCUGAACAACUGGAAAAUCUGUUAACAAACAAUCCAAUAUUCAAAUUAGUUAUCCCCAACGGUUUGUCUGUUAAGUAAAACAGAAGAUCUUAACAUAAGGGCUGUGUUAGUGUCCCUGUCAAGAGGAACAGGUUCAGAUAAGCUUUUGAAUGAAAAGAAAAAAAAG